GAAGUUCUACUUUGUCUAUGGCGGCUUCCUUUCUUUCGCCCGUUUUUGUUACAAACGAGGAUAUUUCCACAAAAUUUCUAAUUUUCUCUCUAUUUUGAAUAAUUUUACUGUAUUGUAUAUUCAACGGUUAUUAUAUUGAAAUCAUGUGCUAGUGUUUUCAAGUCGAACAUUUCUUUUGAAAAUGUGGCUAUGCGGUUUGUGGUUAGGUUAAGGAUAAUGCCGUUUUUACCUUCAGAUAUAUCUUGUAACGUGUUUUAAACUAUUAAUACGGGUGCAAAAUGGAUUUUGUGAAGAGAGAAGACCAAAAUCUUAUUGAUGAAGAGAGUUAUAAGGCGUAUACAGAGGCUCUCCUGAAGCAGAGCCAACAGAACAUGGACAGCAUGGAGUACCAGCACACGGCCAUCUCCAUGGAGCAGCUGCACCAGGUCAUGCAGGGCUCGCUGACCAGCGCCGUCCCGCACGGCUUCCAGAUCCCGCUGUCUCCGCGACAAAUGUCCACCUUGAUGCUCAAAACCAACCACAUCUCACGAAACCUUCACUUUUCGGAUAUUCCUACGAAUUUGCAACGAAACCUGGCCUCCGAGAUGGAGUUAACCCAUAAUCUUGCGUCUGAUGUCAGUAUUUCACAUAUUCCUCCAAAUGUUGUGAGAAACCAUCACGAUGAUGGGUUAAAUAGAAAUCUGCCAGAGCAUUCUCUUAUUCGGAGUUUGGCAAAUGAAAUGGGACUGCAACAGAAUAUUGGUCUUGCUCAGAACCUUGUACAAUCCCUGAAUGAACAGAUGGACUUAUCGCGAAACUUAGGUGUAGACAUGAGCCAGAAUCUGUCAAGAAAUGACAUGCUUACUCAGAACUUAGUGCGUACCGACGCAAACAUUCAGCAAAAUGUUAGUCACGAAUUAGAUUUGACCCACCACAUCAAUCGGAAUCCUAAUAUUGAGCAGGAAAUGCUGGAAGAUUCACGGAGUACGCCAACAGUUGUGCAAUGUGUUCCUGACAAUAUGCUAGUGGACCAGAAUGGGCAGAGACUGGUGGGCCACGGUAUGGUCCAUGACGCUGGCUCACGGCAGUUGGACCAGAGUGACCAUCUGUUGCCGAUGCAGUUCCAUAUAAAAUCGGAGCAGGAGGAUGACGGCUAUUUCUAUGAGUCGAUGCCGCAUGGAUUCGCAAAUAACAUUGGUGGUUUGGCUGGCCACAUGCCGUUACCAGCAGAGCAAGCGCAGCGCAACCCGCCGCUACACCAAGACAGCCAAAUAUUCUCCCCAUACAACAAUCACAUCAACAACGUCAAUGUACCGGCCCUAGCACCUCUAGACCUCUACCCUCGCCCCCAGAACUACAUACAAAACUACUCAGUCGACAACAUAACCAGAGAAAACCCACAGAACCUAGUCGUCCAUAGACAAUUCGAAAACCAUAGCCCAUACCAACAGGAAGAGUUUAAGUCUCAAAAUGGCGGCACGGAAGUAACAGAAAAACACGACGAACCAAAAGAUUUGGACCCUAAAGAGAACAAUGUAACUAUGUAUUACACAGAGUACAACCCGAGUCAGAAUCUGAGCCAAAUGUAUGCGGAGAAAAACGAAAAUGAUUCCAACGAGCAUAACAAGAUUCAGAAAACUGGCGACGAUGACGCAAUGAACAUAAAAGGCGAGUACAUUUGCUACAAAUGCGUGCAAAUCUUCCCGACGAAAAGGAGUUUGAAGCAGCACUCGAAAAACUGCAUGGAAAUUGCGGAUAGCGAGGGAGAAAAGCGCGGGAAAUUCGGCUGUAGCCAGUGCCCGUACCGGUCGCAGUCGUCCGCCAUCUUGAAAAUCCACAUCCGAACUCACACUGGCGAAAAGCCGUUCUCUUGCACGUUCUGCGACUACAAAUCCGGCCAGAAAAACAACGUGGCCAAGCACAUUUUAGUCCACAAGAAGGAGAAACCUUUUCGGUGCCAGUACUGUGAGUACCGUUGUGCUCAGAAGAAUAACUUGGUGGUGCACGAACGUACGCACACAGGUUACAAACCUUUUGCGUGCCCGUACUGCGACUACAGAACCGUUCAGAAACCUAAUUUAGUCAAACACAUGUAUCUGCACACGGAUCAGAAACCUUUCAGUUGUGAUAUGUGCAAUUAUCGGUGCGUACAAAAGACGAAUCUGACUAAGCACAAACAGAGACAUUUGAACGAGAAGGACGGCGAGAAGGUUGAGGUCAAAACGCAGAAUAAACCGUACAGACCGCGACAGAAGUCAGUGAAAUGCCCUCACUGCUCGUACUGGUGCGUUCAGAAAGCGAGCCUAGACAAACAUAUGCAGUUUAAACAUGGUGAUACGAACCAAGUUGACAAUGCAAAGUUUUCCGAAGAGAAUUUUGAACAUGGUGUGAAUACUAUGAAGAAUAUUGGUGACUGUAUUAGUGAUGAGACGAUACAGAACUUGAGUAUUAAGAAGGAUGUGAAAUUGAGUGAUGGUGUGAGUGAUAAACAGGUUUUGGAGCCACUCCAAGUGCAGUCAUAGCAUUAGCAUCUGUGGCAUGUAUAGGACACUCUGCCGGCGUAUGACUAUUGGAAAUACUAGAUUAAAUGUAACUAAAGACUGUUUUUUUAUCUCAGAUACUAAAUUGACAGAUUCUGAAUGGUUCAUCAACAGUCGAUUGUCCCUUUGUCAUUGAUGGUCCCGAGAUUAAGUGACGUAUCGUUCUAUUGGCGGGACAAUCGACUGUUGAUGAACCAUUCAGAAUCUGUCAAUGUAGUAUGUGAGAUUAAAAAACAGACUUUAGUAACGGGCGAACAGUUUGUCUACUGCGAACGCAGCCUUACUUGCUCUUUGUAAAAGCACCAGUGAUUUAUGAUUUGACAAAAAAGUGAUUUGUUUAUCUGUAUGUAUGAUAUGGAAUUUCGUUUAGAGUAUGCUCUCUAAAACCUAAAAUACAGCUCCAGACCCCUUAGCAUGAAUUUUCAUCGUGAACGUGACGUGAAAUUACUUGAUGAAUUUUGUUGGGAAAUUUAGGUCUGCUACCGUCCGCCAGAGGCGCUGUUCAUAUUUUCAUACAAAAUUACUCGAUUAAUUCUACUUCACGUUCACGAUGAAAAUUCAUGCUAAGGGAUCUGCUCUGGCGGGCAGCAGCCUUAUGCUUGACUUAACUUCUUUAGCUCAAGUGGGAGUUUUAUUACCUAUCGAGAAGUGAAAUCGAUCAAUGAUUGUCACUGAACCUAUUUCAUUGCUCGCUUUUAUUUUUCGAAAUUUCUAUUGGUUGUGAAAGUGGUUUCAUAUUAUGUAAGUUAUGUUAUUGGUAUACGCACAAUGGCAAGGCUGUGCGCCCACUGCAAUAUUUUUAAUAUCCAUUUUUUUGUCCUAGAAAUGUCUCAUAUGAAUAUAUUAGAUUAGCGGGUUGCGAUAAAAAAACACGUCGAAAUUUUAAUAUGAAUAGUGAUACUUAAUAAACUCGCGCUACAAAAAAUUGCAGUACGCGCAGGCCCAUGUAACAUUUGAAACAUUAUGAUACGCACUGUAAACCACAUGAAAUAAUCGUGUGAUUGAUACUCAUAAUACAUCGAAUAUGUAAAAAAAUCUGUGAGGAUAUUGUUUGUUAAGGUGAUGUCUCAUUGCUGCGGGGCGUUGUUAUCCAUAUAUUUGUCAGGGUCCUAUCAUAAAAAAUACAUGAAAAAACGCACCACAGCAAUGGAGCCUCUCCCUUAUUCUGCAGGACGGAAUAUUUAUUAUUGAAAUCAAUUUACUCCCAAUUUUUUUUAUAAAACCACUUGGCUAUUAGCUUUUUUUGGGUGCGUCUGGCAGGUUUACGAUAUUUUUUGUAAAUAUAUAUUUUUUGCACUGUUACUGUAUAAAAUUUGAAUGAAUUAAAAAUACACCCUGUGUGUAACGCUAGCUAGGCUGUGAUGCAAUAAUCAAUUGUAAUGUGAAUUAAAUAAGAAAUUGUUACCAAGAGAUUGUAAUGUGUGUAAAAAAAAUAAGACAUCACAAUUAUUGAGAUAAGUAAUUUAGAAUUAACAGAAUCUUAUGACGACAAAAUCAUUUGGGAUGUUUCGUAUCUUUAUACGGGAUUUUAUAAUUGCCUGUUUUUUUCACCUACCAUGAGAUUUUGAGCAACUUUUACUGAUUGAAUCAAUUAUGAUUUUUAUAGUGUUAUUUUUUAUGUUAACUACAUUUUUUAUUUCAUUUUUAUAAUAAAUGCCUCAUGCCAAAACUUAAAAA